AUGCCUCCCAAAAAGGGGGGUCAAGAGAAUGGAGGGGACGAAAAGGGAAAAAGAGACGGAAAGAAGUCUGAUAACAUCAAGUUCAACGGCAUCAACAUGGCCAAGCUCAAAAGCGAUCUGGGGGGAGCAAGAACAAACCAGGAGACGGUGAGAAAGCAGAUUGAAGAGUUGUUGCCGCAGUAUCUUGGAUUGUCCGCAGGCGAACGCGCUGGGUUUCUAAAGAAUAAGGGCAAGGUAUUCAAAAAGCUGACCAGGAACAACGCCGCAGCUCGCUUGACUAGAUUGCAAUCAGAACUUGAGGACUUCCUAUAUUAUCAGAACACGGUAAACAGACGGUUGAGGUUUAAUCCGGACCGACCAACAGCUGUGCAGAAAGAGGAUGGACGCAGACUCAACAUGCCACCAAUGCUGAUAAGUUCGCAUGGAGACGACCCUCGAAAGGUCCAGUACCUUCGUAACAUGCUGGAAUACUAUGACCGGAGAGAGGUUGGAACGGGACUGUCCAGGUACCGUGAAGCGAACAUCGAAACUGGAGAGGUAGACGACGGGACUGGCGCGCCGCCAAUUCUGGUGGAACCUGAAGACCUUCAUCUUAUUACUCCGAUGUGGAGACGUGCACCUGGAGGGCUUCGAGAAGAGGAAGAACGUCUAGCCCUGGAGCAAGCCGCACGAGACCCGAUACAAUUUCGGGUGAAUGAAGAAGCUAUAGAGGCUCGUCGCGCAGAGUUCGAGAAUAUCGUCGACGACGAUGCAGACCUAGAGUACAGGACGCACACGGAAAGACGUGCGGCCGAGCUUGGGGUUUACGCAGACACCAGACCGAGUACGGCCAAUGUAUUAGUCGAGACUAACGCGGAGGGCGGCCAAGUCGACGAAGACAGGUUUCGCGGAAUCCAGACAGCGUCAGGAGUCUUCGUUGCCGCACGAGAAUCAUCCCAUGAUUGGCUUACAUCGUACGACUGCUUGGGAUUGGUGAAGAUCUGUGGUAUUCCAGAGCACUUCGAGACCAGUGCUGUCCGCGAUGAAGAUCAGUUCUAUGAUUCGCCUGACGAAGACGAGGAUUUCGAUGCGCCGUUUGACCCGCCCAGUGAUGAGAUGGAAGGCGGUAACGAUGGGGAACAUGAAGAGGGUGUUGGGCCAGCGAAUGACGGUGCUAAUGAGGAUCUCGAAGACGACGAAGGCGAUGAUCUGCCCGUUGAUGGAGAUGGCGAAGCCCCUCAGGCCACAGACAUGAGCGCAGAGGAGCCUGAUGAUACUGGUCGGCAGCUGAGAAAUGGGAAACAGCUAAGCAGCUCACCGAUGCCAAAGGCGAAGCGGGUGAGAAGCAAGACAGGUGGUGCUCAAGCUGUCACAGUGAGUCAGGGCGCCGGCAAUGAUGCAGGGCCAGCGAAAGGUUCAAAGAAGAAAGGCGCGAGCAAGCCUGCUCCUGGGAACGGUACGAAGGGGCCCACAGAGGACGAAAGCCGGAGAAGGGUCACAGCUAGCAUCGACUAUCCAUACAACAAGCGGGAGUUCUGUCUGCCGAAGAAAACUCGUUGGGUCGAGGACGGCCGGCUACUGUCAACGGUGUGGGCGGAGGCAACAGAUGAAGAGGCUCAGCAUAAAAAGAUCAAGUGGAACAUGGACCCAGACCUAACGGACAGCGGCGACGAGUACGACGAGGGCGACGAGGGUGAAUCCGACGACGAAGGUGAUCUUUUCCGCAUAUCGUACGAGCGAGGUUCCUUUCCCAACGGCCGGCCUGCGCCUGUUAUACCACCGACGAUGGCCCCGGGACCUACCGCUCCGGACGAUAUAGCUACAGCAAGUGCUGCUACUGAAGCUGUCGCACCUGCAGAGGAUGAUGAAGUGGGUGCUGGUGCAGAAGAUCUCUGA